AAAGGUCUCUCUGUUUCGUUUCACCGGGGAGGGGAGAGAAAAAUCCUCUUCGAUCCAGAAAGAGAAGCGCGGGGCUCUCGGAGUCCUGGGAUUGCGCUCAUCUCCCUCCUUCACGGCUCCUGCAAGACCGAAGCCGGCUUGGAAAGGAUCCUUUUGCGAGCUGAGCUUCCACCAUGGACAUCCAGGAGGCGGACCUCAGAGAGAUGGCUUCUGUCAUCCAGUCAAAAGUCGUUCUGGAGGUGUCUUCUCAAGUCCAGUCACUCCUGGAUUCUCUAGAAACCACCACACUGGACAUCGCAGUGACGGGCGAAGGUGGGGCUGGCAAGUCCACCUUCAUCAACGCCAUUUUGGGGGUCAGCGACGAUGACAUCCGGGCGGCCAAAACGGGCGUGGUUGAGACUACUCUCUCGGCCACUCCUUAUCACCACCCUCAUCUUCCCCGUGUUCGGGUUUGGGACCUGCCAGGCAUUGGCACCCCUUCCUUCCAAGCCCCAAAAUACCUGCAGCUGGUGAGGUUUGAGAGGUACGAUUUCUUCAUCAUCGUCGCCUCCGAGCGUUUCCGAGAGAACCAUGCCCAGCUGGCUCGGGCUGUGGCUGCCCUGGGCAAACGCUUCUAUUUCGUCCGUUCCAAGGUAGACCAGGACCUGCGGGCUUCCCAACAGCGAAGGCCCAGCGUUUUCCAGGAAGCGGAGGUGCUGCGGGAAAUAGAGUCAGACUGCACCCGCCAGCUCAAGAAGGAAGGCCUAGAGACGCCCAAGGUCUUCUUGAUCUCCAGCUUCCAUUUGCACAGGUUCGAUUUCCACCGCUUGCAGGAAACUCUGUCUGAAGAGCUGGAGGGUCACAAGAGACACACCCUACUGCUUUCCUUCCCCUCCGUCACGGCCGCAGCUGUGCAAAAGAAGAAGAGUUCGCUGCGCCAGCACAUCUGGAAGAAGGCGCUGCUGGCGUGUAUCAUUUCAGCCCUGCCUGGCCACCCGUUCCACCUCAACCUCCCCAUGCUCAAGGGGACACUCAAGAACUACCGGCAGCAUUUCGGCUUGGACGAUGCCUCUUUGGAGGCCUUGGCUGCCACGGUCUCAAAACCCUCACACGAGUUGAAAAACCAGGUGCGCUCAACCUUCGCGAGAGACUUCCCGGAGGAUGCCAUCCGGGCGGUUUUGCACCAAGCUGCACUCUGCAGGCAAAUGGCAGCCACGGUGCUGAAGAGCCAAGUGCCCGUUUUCAACAACUUGGUCGCCGGGGCUGUCUCGUUUGUGGCCGCCUACUAUUUGCUUCACACGGCUCUGGAUAGCUUCGCAGAAGAUGCGCAGAGGGUCCUGGAAAGAGCCUAUGGCUUGGAGACGGAAGUCAAGGGCUCCUUGGGCUAUCCUUCACCGGGUUUCAUCUGUCAAUGAUCAAGAACACCAGCCAAAAUUGCUUGGAGAUGACCAAAUGUGUGUGUGUGUGGGGGGGGUUUCCCCCCCCUUUUUUCUGCAUUGUGUUGCUUCUUGUUUUUUUCCAAUUGGUCAAGCUGGCCAGGAGAACCUAGCCAGGUCUGCCCCUAUCCUAUGAAGAUAACCCCUCUCCCCACACCCCAAAGGUUAUUGAGAUAGGUCUUCACAAGGUGAGACUACACAAACUGGGAAGAUUCUUUGCAUUUCUUUAGAUGAAGCAGAUUUGACAAUUGGGAGAAGUUUUACUGUUUUUCAUACACUAAAUGGGUUCUUGGAAUCCUUUAUACAGCGGCAACCUUUUGAAAUGAUAAACGCUUUUGAUGCCUCAGUGGGUCAUUCAUUUAUUUUAUGUGUAGACCAUUCUUAAUGAUCCUUGCCUCCUUGCCUGAUUUCAGUAUAACGGUAAUAAAAAACACCCAUGCCAGAGUUACUAAAACAAGCAAGCCAUCCUUUGAGGAAAGGCAUUCACACAAUUGCUUGAAAUUUGCACGAAUGGCUUAAAAGUAAAACACCAUGGAGUAUGUGAUGACACAGGGCGUGGCACAAAGGCAACACAGUCAGAUAAUCAAUAAGAGUCCUUUUAUUAACUCCAACUUUGC